AUGAGCUUUGACGAUCAUGAAGCAGCUGUUAGUGUGCUGGGAAGAUACUUUUGUGCCUACACUCUCACUUAUACCCCUUCUAUUUCUCCAAUACUAGUUCUUGGUAGUCCAUUCCAUUACUCACCAGCUGAAGAUGGAACUCUUAUUGCACCGGAUCUUGCUGCCCUGGCCUGCCACCUGGCGACACUUUGGCGGCAAGGCGUUCAAAGGCAGAAGUUGAAAUUUGGUACCGUGAAUAAAGAUGGCUCCCCUAUUGGUGUUACUGGUUGUAAUGGUCUGAACAGCCAUAUAAUCACGAUUCCCGUUAGCGACAUAUUUUACGAUCCUCCAGUUCCUGCAAUUGGAUACACGCCACUGCCUCCUCCUCCCCCAGCAUUGAUGACCGCUGUUUUUAGAAUCGAUUUAUGUGACGUUCAGCAGAUGGUUUUAAUGUAUCAACAAAAGUAA